AUGGUGGGAAAUUCAAAAGUGAAGGCUCCAAUGGCAUUCAGAACGAAACAAACACCAUCCUCAGAUAAAACAGCUGCAUAUGUGACUCUUUAUCGUCAGAUGAUAGGGUCAUUGAUGUAUGUAACUACUAGUCGUAUGGAUAUCAUUUUUUCCGUUUUCUAUUGUGCUAGGUUUCAAGCUAAUCCUCUCGAACCUCACAUGACAGCUGUUAAGAAUAUCUCCAGGUAUCUCAAGCGAACAUCCUCAUUAGGAAUAUGGUACCCCUUCUAUUCAGGUUUCUUUGUGCAAGCAUUUUUGGAUGCUGAUCUUGGAGGUUGCAGAAUAGAUAGAAAAAGUACAAUGGGAGGAUGCCAAUUUCUUGAUGGCAAACUCAUGAGUUGGCAAACUAAAAAGCAAACUUGCGUCUCCCUAUCGACUUCUGAAGUAGAGUACAUAGCCACUGCAUCUUGCACUUCACGAGUUAUUUGGAUUCAGAGUCAACUUCGUGACUAUGCUAUCAACAUGAAAUGA